CUACAAGUUGGUAAAAAUGGAAACUACUUGAUGAUCGUUGUAGACAAUGCGAAAGGAAACGCACUCUACUUAAAACAUCAAAAAAUGACCCACACCCGUCUUCGUCGGAACCCAUAACAGCAUGUCAACGAUGAUCAUUGCUUAAUCAUGACUAUCGCACCUAAUAAACUUGAUGAGUGUAGUUUCGCAGACCUCCUCUUAAUGUCUUGAAUUGCAGAUUUUGAAGCCCACGACGCCAUCUCGAAACAUAGUUUGUUCACAAGUAGAACGAGUGAUGUGCAGCUGUUGUUCUUAUUCAUUUAGACCAGGAGGACGCAUGUUUGUUAGCUUACGACGAGUAGCACAAUGAGCAUCCUCGAGAGAUAGUUGAUAACGAGCCAGAAAACUUCGGUGACUAAGAAAAUAUGGUCUAUGCAAGAUGCAGACGAGCACGCCUACGGGCAUGGACUUAUCUAUCUUGAGCAACGACACUCAUUGACAGUGUCUUCCAACGAUCGGGCAUUCAUGAUUCAUCAAAGUUCUGUCAGGUUCGGUUCAGUGUGUCUAGGUAUUAGCGUGUGUCUAAGUACCCGGUGGUUGAUCUAGGGACCCUCUGUUUCGGUGCACCAGCACCCUAUUUCCCGCGCUACCGCUUUGUUUGGAAGAUAUCUGAUUUUUUUAUCCUCUAUUGCAAAUAGUGGAUGAUAAGAGCGCAGUUUUGCAUAUCCUUCUCCUGCGAAGGAUAUCGAUAUUUUGGCCUUUUUUUCCUUCUUUUUCCUGUUUCUAGUUUGUAGCUGUAAAAGUAUCUUGAUGAAAAAGGAGUGAUAGGCAUAGUCAUAAAAGAGUUUUAAAAAGCAAGUUCCAUCGAUUUAUUUCCCUUCGCGUCGUGUAGUAGCUUGUUCUGCUUCAUCAUCAUUAUAAGUCGUGUACCAAAGCGCUAAAUUAAAACCCGAAUCUCUAUUUUGAGAUCUGCUUUGAUUAUAGAAAAUGUUGGUCUCGUCCCCUGCAGCUGUAUCUUCGCGGCGGUGCCGAUACCGGCUUCCGCCUCCAGCUCCCCGUACAGAUGAUGCGAAGCAAGAAGAUCCAGAAGAUGCAAAGAAUGCUGCGCAAGAAGGAUCACAUCCGCAAGAACCCGCAUUACAUCCGCUAGAUGAUCUACUUUUUGUGGCCUCACCAGGAUCAGGAGCUCCUGCCAAAACAGCGAAAAGCAAUGCCCUUCCGAAAAGGCUAGGCGAAUACCUGAAGGACCAAACGUACGAGCAUAAUCCGACAAGACUUGGGAUGCUAGUCGCGGCAAGACCGGUGGACCAUCGUGGGCACGUUCAGAUGGAGGUGAUAAUUAUGGAUUAUUUGGAUUUGGAAUUGGGUUCCAUUCUACUUUCUUUUUAUCAACUAGACCUUGUUCCUUUUCUCAACAUCAAGGGAGGCCAAAGGGGGUUAUAGCAGAGUAGUUUAUAGCACGCAUGGUGCAUGGAGUGCAUGGAGUAGCAUGGAGUGCAUGGAGCGCAGAGCUUUAAGGGGCGCAAGUCCAUGCGCCGUGCGUGCUAUAAACUACUCUGCUAUAACCCCCUUUGGCCUCCCUUGUUCUUGAGAAAAGGAACAAGGUCUAGUUGAUAAGAAGAAAGUAGAAUGGAAUCCAAUUCCAAAUCAACUAGACCUUGUUCCUUUUCUCAAGAACAAGGGAGGCCAAAGGGGGUUAUAGCUAUCUUCACUUCUACCACAACCACUUCAUCACUGAAUGUUGAGGGAAAUUCGCUAGUUCGUUGCUUCUAGUACUAGAAUUCUUUCUAAUAAAGAAAAUUUCGAUUUGAACCGCACGAUUUUUGAACCCGUCACUGGUGGAACCGUGAGAGCUGCGCUCACUGCCGCACUGGCCGUAGAGCCGAACUGGAGAGAAGGACGCGUCAAAGAGAUAAAGAAGCGGGUAGAAGAAGCGCCCAUGAUCAUCGGCUUCACUGCGCGUGAUCUACUCACAUACGGCAACUGGACGCCCAUCCUGGAUUUCAUGAACACGCACUGCAAUUUCAAUACUGAACACGCAGAUGGCAGCUUCAUGUUAAGGCUUGAGAUGAUUAAAGUCCAUUUAUUUUCGCAGCAUCUUGGCCCUCCCAUUUUGUUGAACAAGGGCAAAAGGACACCAAGGUGCUGAUCGAGAUGGAUUUAGGAAACAAGGGCUAAUCAUGGAUCAUUUACACUUCUGCCGCGACUACUGCGUCGCUCACUACCACCAAGAAUCUCCGAGGGUACUGUUUUUGCACAGUAUCAUGUUAAGGCGUGGGAAGAUGAUGCGUGGAACUAUUGUUCGCUACCGAAGAACUCUCCUAGAUCUAGAGGUAGAAGGGUCUCCAGCUACUUAAUUUAGACCCUCCUUCUUCUUCUUCUUCAAGUACUACAACUAGUACAUGAUGACUUGUUUCUAAUCUCCGGCGUUACCACCGGUUUCUUCCCCAUGGGCGCAGACAAGAUACCGAUGCUUGAAAAACUAGUAACUGCAGACGAGUUCCAACAGAUUAGCUCGUUUCCUAGCAUUUUGAGAUUCCUAAAGGGUACCAGAAUAGUGGAGGAACUGUGGGAAUUUUUUGUGGUUCCUAGAAGUACUUCUACAACGAGUACUUCUACAACUACAACGAGUGCAACUCCUGCCAAGAGGACGACUCCAAGUGGUAUCCGCUUCAAGCGUGUGCUGGACAAAGCAGAGAUCCAGCUGACCAUGGGAGAGUUGUGGAAACAUCUGAACUUUCACUUGAUUCAUGCUCUGGAUUUCUUACCUGUAGCAGGAUGGAAAGCGAACUGGAGUCGACCGUUUAUCCACGAUUUUUUGGAGCUCUAUGUUUUGCUGAAGUGUGCAAAUCAGUUGCAGUGCAGAGUCGCUGUGCCAAAUGGAGUACUACUCAAAACUGCGGAAGAGAUACUCAAACAAGGAGGUUCGGACAUUUAUGGUUCCCAAAUAAUAGUCUCGUCAAUUUCACUCCGACAACGACACCAGCGUAGAAGUAGAAGUAGAAGUAGAACAAUUUUACUUUAGACCAAUAGAAGAUACCUGACACGAGGACCAACAAAGUCAUCACGGCUGUCUAGAUACCUGAUACCAACAAAGUCAUCAAGGCUGUCUAGAUACCUGAUACCAACAAAGUCCAGGCUCUUCAUCUCUAACGUAGAACUCAUCCGCAAAGUGGCUACUGCCUGAAUCCUGCUUUCGAUUCCGGUUAUUUCGGAGGCCUUGAAGGACAGCCGUUUACAUUUUGGAAUGUAGUUUUGAGGACUGCGCCACUCUCCUUCUGGGCAAAGAAACAGCGGGAACAGAUUGCGCAAUUUUCGAAGUCAACGAAUUUUGAGUUGAAAUAUGAAUGGGUUUUUGACGCCGACGCUGAGGAAGAGCAGGCGGGAACAAGCAAACCGUAGAAGGAGACUCUACUACUGUGACAACAUGCUCUAUGACUAAUUAUUGGCGGCGAAUUUUAUCUUUUUGCCUUGAUGUUGAUGUGUUUGUGUAUGAAAAUUUUUCACUUGUUUGCACGACUUGUACUUGAAACAAGAGACUCAAACACUGGCACAACCACAAGUGGCCGACGCCUGUUUUGUGCUACAGUUUGUGUUCUUUGAUUGAUGCUCGUUUAUCUGAUCAAUGAAGCCAUCUAAUCGCUCCUUUUUGAGAGUAUUUACUUAAAAGAUGUCCUUCGCGUCACCAGUUCCAGUAAAAGCACAAAAUGGGAACCCGGGUCUGAGAAGUUGUAGGAUCAGCGCAAUCGCAAAGCAAGAAUAGCAUAAGCGCUUCA